ACAUAUUUUUGUCCCUACAACGAUGUCAGUCAAUCCCAAGGUCAAUCCUGCCUUCGUUCUUCGAGGUAUCGAAGACGUCAUCUUUGAAGAUCGUCCCAUUCCAAAGGUCUCGGACGACGAGGUGCUCGUCGAAGUCAAGAAAACCGGUAUAUGUGGCUCGGAUGUGCAUUAUCUCCUAGAGGGACGCAUUGGCGACUUUAUUGUGGAGAAACCGAUGGUGUUGGGCCACGAGUCAGCUGGAAUAAUCGCAAAAAUUGGCACAAAGGUGAAGCAUUUGAAGGUUGGAGAUCGAGUAGCAAUGGAGCCAGGGGCGACAUGUAAAUCCUGUGAAACCUGCAAAGCGGGACGCUAUGAGUUAUGUCCGGCGAUUAUUUUCGCAGCGACUCCGCCGUAUGAUGGGACACUCAGCCGCUAUUAUCUUUUGCCUGCUGACCUCGCCUAUCUACUGCCUGAAAACGUUUCUUUAGAAGAUGGUGCCAUGAUGGAACCUCUUUCGGUAGCAGUUCACUCCGUGUCAACUCUGGGUGCUUUCCGAACCAACCAGAGCAUCGCGGUCUUUGGAUGUGGACCUAUUGGUCUCCUGUGUAUGGCUGUUGCGAGAGCACUGGGAGCCUCCCGUAUCAUUGCCGUGGACAUCAAUCCUGAUCGGCUUCGAUUCGCUAAACAAUACGCAGCCACGCAGACGUUUCUACCCAUGGAAGCAAAUGAAGGGGAAAGUGCGAUCGACGUCAUCGAGCGCAACGCCAAACACAUGAAAAAUCAACUUCAAAUCGACGACAGGGGCGAGCGGUCUAUUGACCUUGUGGUCGAUGCCAGUGGUGCGGAAGCUUCUGUGCAAACUGCGUUUUACGUUGCAAAGGCUGGCGGCACAUUUGUCCAGGUCGGGAUGGGCAAUCCAAACGUAACUGUCAACGUAAACCUGCUUACUAUCAAAGAGCUCACAUACAAGGGAUCCUUCCGCUAUGGUCCUGGCGAUUAUCCGCUUGCCAUCGCCCUAGUUGCUCAAGGUCGUGUUGACCUGAAACCUUUGGUCACUCAUCGUUUUAAAUUCGACGAAGCUAUUACUGCUUUCAAGGCAACUCGGGCUGGGAGGAGCGAUGAUGGGAAAGCCGUUAUUAAGGCAAUUAUUUCUGGGCCGGAAGAUUGGGCGGCCGCAAAGGAACAUGACUCCAAAGAUGAAGCGUAAGUCUUGUGUAGUAUCACUCCAGACACCACCGGAUAUGUGGGGCUCAGGCUAUAGCACGAGCAUCUUGUU